AUGAAUCAUCCAGGUGCUGGUCCGCGACCGCCUAGCUACUCAGCAAACUACCCGCCUGGCCCUCCUGGCCCCAUCGGCCGCACCAGUCCCCUCGCAAACCAAGGUCCAACCCGUACCCCACCGUCGCAAAUGAUUGGAGGUCCUCCGCCCAUCAACACCGGGGCCCCUCCGGUCGCCGGGUAUCCACCCCCCGUUAUGGGAGGUGGCGGCCCUCCGCCGGUCCCUGGCGGUCCUCCGGGAUACGCUGGCCCUACUGGCUACCCCCCGCCGGCGCCGCCCCAACAGACUGGACCCAUCGCUCCUUACGGCCGCAACACCGCCGCCGAGGUUGAGGGCAACAGCCGGAGCAAGGCCCAGUUGAUUGUCGGCAUUGAUUUUGGUACCACCUUUUCCGGCGUUGCCUUUGCGUUUGCGACCAACAACGAAGCCAAGGAAGAUAUUAUUACCGAGUGGCCCGGCGCCGGCUCGUACACAAAGCAAAAGAUCCCGACCGUGCUUUACUAUGACCAAUACCAGAAAGUCGUUGGCUGGGGUCCCGAUAUUGCCGAUGCCCUCGCCCCGACUGGCUACCCGAAGCCGGGCGUGCAAAAGGUGGAAUGGUUCAAGCUCCAGCUGAUGCUGUCGGGCAACACUUACAUUGAUCCCAUCAACCUCCCGCCUCUCCCACCAGGAAAGUCCGAGAUUGAUGUGGCGGCCGACUACCUUUUCAAGCUGCGUCAGGCGAUGCGGGCGGCUCUCCAGAAGACGCUGGGCGAGGUUUUCAACCGAGAGGAGAGGAAUAUCCGAUACUACCUGACUGUGCCAGCCAUUUGGAACGAUGCUGGCAAGGCUGCCACCAGAGCCGCUGCCAUUCAAGCCGGCUUCCUCCGUGACGAGAACGACAACCGCCUGACGCUGGUCAGCGAGCCCGAGGCUGCCGCCCUCUUCUGUUCCAAGACCGGUCUCCUAAACCUGAAGGUGCAUGACGCCGUGCUCAUCGUCGAUUGCGGUGGCGGUACGGUCGAUUUGAUCGCAUACGAAGUCGAGGACGAGAACCCCUUUACCGUCGCCGAAUGCACGGCCGGUUCUGGUGACUCGUGCGGUUCGACUGCUCUGAACCGGAAUUUCAGCAACAUCCUGCGGACCAAGAUUCGGAAGAUGAAGUUGCCCGACGGCUCCAAGACCGCUGGUCGUGUGUAUGCCAAGUGCAUCAUGGACUUCGAGAACCGGAUCAAGGCCGACUUCCGGAAUAACGGUCAGAAGUGGGCUGUGGAUGUCGGUAUCGAGGCCGAAUUUCCCGAGGCUGGGAUUGAAGAGGGAUACAUGACCUUCACAAACGAGGAGAUCUUGCAGUGCUUCGAGCCCGUCGUCAACCGCAUCUUGGAGCUUGUCCGAAACCAGAUCAUCGCUAUCCAGGCACAAAACCGAACCCUCCAAAACAUUCUCGUCGUCGGCGGUUUCGGCGCGUCAGAAUACCUUUUCCAGCAAAUCAAGCUUCACGUCCCGCCGCAGUUCCAGUCCAAGGUAGUACGCCCCAUGGACUCAGUCGCUGCCAUUGUCAAGGGCGCCGUCACUGCCGGUAUUACCGAGAGGGUCAUCACGCACCGUGUCGCCCGUCGUCAUUACCUCAUGGCCACCCUGCAACCCUUUAAGGAGGGCUACCACCCCGAGGCGUACCGCGUGCCCUCUCUCGACGGCAAGGACCGUUGCAAGUUCACUCGCCAGAUUUUCGUCCAAAAGGGGCAAAAAGUCAAGAUUGGCGAACCAGUCAAGGUCUCCUUCUUCCGGCAGGUCGCACCCGGCGCCACCCUCAUGUACGAGGAUAUUCUGUACGCUUGCGACGACGACGUCUGCCCCGAGUACACCAAGGAUCCGAGAAUCAAGGAAGUGGUCACGCUCACAUCAGACCUCUCGCGCAAGAACCUCGAGAAGGACUUUGAGCGGAUGGACACGCCCCAAGGCACGUUCUACCGUGUAUACUUUGACAUUUACCUCACGCUGGAUGGCUCCGAGUUCAGCGCUGAGCUCGUCUGCCAGGGCGAGGUUAUGGGCCGGUGCAGGGCGCGGUUCAGGUAA